UCCCAAUCUCCACUCAUGUCUUUCAGCGUCAAGGUGUGGAUAGCCGGUGGAGGUCUUCCAGCUGCCAUUCCACUCCGCUUCACAACAACAACAGCGGCAUCAUCAAUAACUUUUGUGCGUAUACGCCAGCCUCGUCUCAUGCCACCAUCAACAGUGUAUCGCAAGAUCAAGUACCGCCCAAAACCAGGCGACCCAAACAGGCCUCGCACGGUUCGCGGGGCAUACAUCUAUAACCUGGUCGAUUGCAUUCAAACUUGUCUCUUACGCCGUGACUUGGACCGCGCGCGACGAGCAUGGGCUAUCCUGGUGAGGUGUCCAGAUGUACACUGGCAUGACCUCUGGCUAUGGGGCCUCUAUCUCCUCACGGAUGGGGCGGAUCCCUCUGACUCUCGCUUCUCUCAGCACGAGCCGGGCAUUGAAGGCGAGCGCUAUCUUAGGUCCCUGCAAGUAGCUGCCAAGGAAGCGGAUAAACCCGUUAUCCUUGGUGAGCUGGUCCUGCACUUGAUCCGCGUUGGACGCUACCGCACAGCGCUGGACGAGCUUGAAACGUACCUGUCGUCGUUCACGUACCUCAACUCCGCACCCCUGCUUACCUACGCCGGCCUCGUGUGCUUCUACCUCGCCCAGCCCGCGUCAGCGCGCGGUGGGUCUGCAACGGACAACGCCAACGGGACAAAGAACGCACGGCACGACCCAAGGGAAUCUGGGAGCGAGGCGAACUCAACACGCUCGAGGUCAAUGUCGGAUGCUUCCGUUGAUCAAGCGCCUCCUAAUGCAGAAAUGCUCCGACAAGCGCGAGAGUGGUUUGCGAAGGCGCUCAAGGUCGACCCCCACAUGACCGUGGCGAGAGAGUUUAUGCACCUGAUCGAUGGCCCGCGCAAGGAGACGACAGACGACGAAAUGGACGUGGACAGCCUUGACGGAGAACGGGGCAAGCGCACGCCCUCCCAGUUCAGUAUCGACAGCGGAACCGCGAGAGCCGCGUGGUGGAGCGGUGUUCACGAGCACGAUGAUGACAAGAAAGACGAAUACAGGGAAGCUGACGACAAAGGACAGAGCGACGAAGAUGACAAGGACGAUGACGACAAAGACGAUGAUGGCAAGUGGGAGGAGUCGGACGAUACGAGUGAAGACAAAUGGGAUGAAGAAGACCGCACAGGCUACGGGCGGGAUGAGGACGCAGACGCAGACCUUUGGCAGCUUCACCGCCGCCGGAGGAGCUCAACCGCGUCGCUCUGAGCCCGGGCUUGUUACGUUGGGACGCUGGACAUUAGAAUUGUAGCAUACCAUGCGAUUGUAUGAGUAAG